AUGGCGUUGUUAACAACAAAACAGAAGAUAGAAAUAAUUGUCAUUGUUGGCUAUGGAGAUAAAAAACGGACUCAACUUGAAGCGUGUGAUAUUUUUAACAACUUGUACCCUGAUCGCCAAAUUAAUCGAGCUACAGUAUCUAAGAUAUGUAAUAAGUUUGCUGAAACGGGGGAUGUUGAAAGUAAACCAAGAAGUGGUAGGCCAAAAUCUGUACUCACUGAAGAAACUAGACUGAAUAUACUUCUUAGCGUUGAAGAAAAUCAUCACACAUCGACACGUAGGAUUGGAAAUGACUUUGGGAUAAGUCACAUGUCGGUCCACAAAGCCCUUAAAGCCGAGAAGUUUCAUCCUUUUAAGGUUCAGUUAAUACAUGAAUUGAACGAGGACGAUUUUGACCGCAGGAUUGAAUUCUGUGAACUCAUGAUGCAACGGUGUACUUUGGAUCCAAUGUUCAAAAAUAGAAUUGUAUUUUCAGAUGAGGCUUCAUUUAGUCUUCAUGGUCACGUGAACAGACAAAACUAUAGGUAUUGGUCUCCUGAAAAUCCUCAUUGGGCUCAAGAAUGCCAUACUCAAAAUCCCCAAAAAGUCAAUGUUUGGGCAGGCAUUGUCGGGACCAAAUUAAUAGGGCCAUUCGUGAUCGAAGGAAAUCUAAACGGAAACCGUUAUCUGGAGUUACUGCGAGAGUCGAUAGUACCUGCCAUUGCCCAUGAGUUUCCUCCGGAAGACGAAGAAAAUGUUGUCAACGAGAACAUUUGGUUUCAGCAAGAUGGCGCACCACCUCACUAUAAUGCUGAAGUCCGAAAUUACUUGGACGAAGUUUUUCCAGAUCGUUGGAUAGGGAGGCGGGGAGCUAUUGAAUGGCCUGCCAGAUCACCCGACUUGACGCCGUUAGACUACUUUUUGUGGGGCCACCUAAAAAGUAGAGUAUUUGUUAACCGCCCAGAAAACAUCCAGGAUCUCACAGCAAGAAUAAUAAUGGAAGCACGAUCUAUUAAUGAAGAAACGCUGUCCAGGGUGGUAAACGAAUUUUACAAUCGGUUGGGGCUCUGUCAAGUUUCUCUUGGGCAUCAGUUUGAGCAUUUUUGA